AUGGACUACAACAAUCUGACCGUAAUAGGCCUACGAGAGGAAUUGGCCAAGCGUGGCCUGACUGCUGCCAGCAUCAAACUCAAGAAAGACUUAGUCGCACGUCUGCAGCAAGAUGAUAACGACGAAGCCGACGCGUCGUCUGCCGUCACGUCAGAAGCCAACCCAAAAUCCUCCAUCACGGUUCGAGCAGAAGCCGACAUUAAGACCGAAACGCUACCUGUACCGCCUAUCGAGACAUCAGAAUAUGGCUCGGACGAUCUUUUCGAUGAGCUCGACGCCGAUGCUCUGAUCAGUGCGAGCCAGCAGUCCCAGUCGGCCUUUCUCAAGCCCGAAUCCUCGUUUGCAGUUCCGCCUACUCCAACACUCAAACGUCCGCAUCCCGAAGAGGACGACUUCUCCGGCGACGAGAUAUUCAACGACCCGGCAAUUGAAGAAAUAUGGACCUCAUCACAGCAAGAGUCAUCACAGCAAGAGAAACGUGCCGCCCAAGCACCCGUCGACAAGCCAGAACACAUUGCUCUUAUCCGCAGGCUGCUGCGAGAGAAGUUUGGUUAUCCCGGCUUCCGCGGUGAACAAGAGAAGGCCAUACUUUCCCUGCUGAGGGGCGAAAACACUCUUGCCAUCUUCCCUACAGGUGCGGGUAAAUCGCUUUGCUAUCAGAUCCCAGCAAUUGCUUUCCCUCUCAUGGACAAGAUGAGUGGCAACGAACGACCACGCGGAGCUGGUAUCACCCUCGUCGUCUCACCUCUUAUCGCCCUGAUGAAAGACCAGACUGAUGCCUUGAAAAAACGUGGCAUAGCUGCCGAUUGCUCUGACUCGACAAAGACCUAUGAGCAGCAUCAACAGAUUCAUGCUGACAUUCACUCUGGGAAACUGCGCUUACUCUAUGUGUCACCGGAGAAACUCAGUAACGAAGCUUUUGUUGCAAGCAUGAAACACGUGCCAGGUGGUGUAAGACUAGUUGCUGUCGACGAAGCUCAUUGUAUCUCUGAAUGGGGUCAUUCCUUCCGUCCGACAUACUUGAUGGUCGAGCGUUUCACAAAAGAGAUCAAUGCCGAGAGAGUCAUUUGCUUGACUGCAACUGCGACCCCCAAAGUUGCCGAAGACGUACGCGCAGCCUUCGAUAUUCUAGAGCGCAAUGAAUACCGCACCAGCCCUUAUCGCCCGAAUCUCAGGCUGGAAGCAGUUGCUACUGAAUCGGAAGAAGCCAAAAUUCCGCUCUUGUUCAAAUGGCUCAGGGAACACCCUGGCAGUACCAUCGUUUAUGUCACUCUCCAACAACAAGCCGAGGACUUGUGCAAGAAACUGCGUCAGAAGUCAUUCAAUGCUGCCUUCUAUCACGCUGGUAUGAAGGUAGAAGAAAAGACCGCCGUACAGGACAGCUUUAUGGCCGAUAAGAUCCGCAUUGUUGUUGCAACCAUCGCUUUCGGUAUGGGUAUCGACAAAUCAGACAUCAGAGGAGUGGUUCAUCUCGAUCUCGCUUCUACAGUCGAAGAGUACAGUCAGCAGAUCGGCCGUGCAGGAAGAGAUGGAGAGCCUGGUUACUGCAUAAUGUUCAUCUGCCACUCAGACAUCUACUUAAGGCAGAACUUCAGUCUCGGCGACCUGCCUUCCCGUAAGUCGUUGCUGGGGUUGCUCAAAGAUGUGUUUGGACGCGAACGCACGCGGGACACAGAAGGAGAGGUUAUCAAAUUGGCACACCGCGAACUGUCGACUCUAUACGACAUUCGUCUCAGCCCGCUUGGUGUCGUUUUCGCUGCGCUUGAGUUGAGAUUCGGUCUUCUUCGCGCCAUCACACCGGAGUAUACCAGCUACCAAUUCGAAGAUAAAGGGCGUUAUCACGCAGUAGCGUCCAGCGAUCAUUCGCCAGAGGCCAGAGCCAUCUAUUCCAUGUCGACCAAAGCCAUCAAAAACUUCACUUUUGACAUGAAUGCGGCUACCUGCAGAGGUCUCAUGCGCGCUGAUCUUGUCCAAAAACUAGACAGCUGGAAUGCUACCGGAGUCAUCAUGCUGAAGACUUCGGGGGUCAUGAACCGCUACCGAGUCUUGAGCCCUCUACCCAGAGCCGAAGCAGACAUUCAGGCCCUCGCUGACGAUCUCUUUGCAGACAUGGCUCAGCGCGAGAAGGACGCUCUUGGUCGCAUUGAUCAGAUGGUCGGUCUUAUCACGGGCAAAAGCUGCCUUGCUCUCGGUCUCGCGCAGCACUUUGGCAUGGAGCUGCCAGGUGGUAGACAGUGUUGUGCUCAUUGUACCUACUGUGCCUGGGGUGAAUCGGCAACUUUAGCACCGAAACCUGCUCCACCACUGAAUGUGGAAGGCGUCAAGCGCGUCCUGGCCGCUUGUCCUCAUGAUGACCCCAGACUGCUGGCACGCGUCGCGUUUGGUAUCAAGAGCCCGCGAAUUACUCAGUUGAAGCUCGACAAAAGCUCGGUCUUCGAGUCACUUGCUGAUCAUGAGUUCAGCACUCUCCUCAGAGAAUUCGAGGCAGCUUGUAGGACCGCUGCCCAUGGACCUCUGGACGUGAUGCCGACCCCAGUCAAGACUAAGAGCUCGACCAAAACGAGCUGGAGCGCAGGCCGCUCAGGCUCAGCUAGCAGUAAUAGGGCUCGCGGAGGAAGCAGUUACAGUCGCGGAGGAAGUAGCUACAGUCGCGGAGGAAGUAGCUACAGUCGCGGAUCAAGCAACAGCUACAAGAGAGGAGGCAGCAGUGGCGGAAGUAGCUACAACAGAGGUAGCUCCAAGCGAGGCCGUGGAUCAUACGGAUCCUAUCGUUGA